GGCGUAUGAAGAAUCGCUAGCGAACUAUUUCAACGGAAGGCGAUGCUAAGAGCUCCAGACUGGCCACCAGGAGGGCCUGCGAGUCAACGCCCUGACGAUUCUAUCCAUUUGUAUCUAUGCAUCUUCGCGUCCAAUAGCAGACAUGCGUCUACAGGUUGCCUUGGCCUGCGUGAGCCCUUCCCAUUCUUUCGUAUCAUGGAAUUGUUUCGCUUCUUCAUGUUUUUUCGCUUCUUCGUGUUUUUUUGCUUCUUCGUAUUCUUUCGCCUCUUCACGUUUCUUUGCCUCUUCACGCGCCUUCGCUUCUUCACGUCCCUUCGCCUCCGACCGUACCUUAGCCUUAAUCUUCGCUUCAGCUUCUGCUUGAAUAUCCGCUCUUACUUGAGCUUCUAUCAGUGCUCUGUCAUAUCUGCGAUCCUUCGCCUCUAUAUGAGCUUUCAUUUCUUCCCAUGACUUCGCCUCCAUCCAUGCCUCCUCCUCUCUCUUUACCUGAGCUUCCAUCUUUGCCUUGAUCUCCGCUUGUGCUUAAGCCAAACCCUGUGCUGGAGCCUCUGCCUUUGCUUUGUCGACCAUUUCCGUGAGUCCUGAAACAAUACCGAACUGGCUACCCCAUUUGUCGAGCCAGUUACGGAAUUCUACGAAACUUCCAGAUCUUCCAGCUCCAGUGGUAGCGAGGAACGCCGAAAGCCUCAUCUGUUGGAGAGG